AUGGCCGACGCCAAUGCUUCCUCCGACUUCCUCCCACAGAUUCCCCGCGAACGAGCCGACAGCAACAUGUCUCUAGGCGGCGGUUUCACUCUCCCAGAGAAUGGCGAACACCAUUCCAACGGCGCUGGCCCCUUGGCCGGCGACCCAGCACCCGCGACGGCUGCACCUCCGGCGGCAGCACCGUCAGGAAACGAGAAGAUGGUCGAGGAUGUGCUUUCAUCAGAGAUCGGUGUUGCUACCAUGCUCAACAGACUGAAGCAGAGUGUCGCAUCAGCAAAGGAAUUUGCCAAUUUUCUCAAAAAGAGAGCCGCUAUCGAAGAGGACAACGCAAAUGGGCUCAAGAGGCUGGCGAGGACGACUUCCGACAACAUGCGCCGGUCCGACCACCUCGGGGGCAGCUUUGCCAAGGCCUUCGAUGGCAUGAUGGGCACACACAGUCGAAUCGCGGAGAACGGUACGCAGUACGCCAUGUCGCUUCUGCAAAUGGCCGAAGACCUCAACGAGCUCGCUGCUAUUGCAGAGAAACAAAGAAAAGGCUGGAAGCAAGACGGACUCGCCGCGGAGCACCGUGCGGCCGACGUCGAUGCACAGAUGCGGAAGUCGCAGGCCAAGUACCACUCGCUGGCGGAAGAAUACGACCGGGUCAGGACUGGGGACGGGCAAAAAGGUGGCAAGAUGUUCGGGUUCAAGGGCCCAAAGUCUGCAGCGCAGCACGAGGAGGAGCUGCUGCGCAAAGUACAGGCGGCCGAUCAGGACUACAAGAACAAGGUCCAGGCCUAUCAGCAGGAGCGCGGCCAGCUGAUCUCGACGACGCGGCCGGAGGCCAUCAGGGCAUUGCAAGACAUUGUCAGGGAAUGCGACUCGGGUCUGGUCCUGCAGAUGCAGAAGUUUGCAUCUUUCAACGAAAAGCUUCUUCUGAGCAACGGCUUAAGCGUCAGCCCUCUGAAGAAUGGAAAGUCCUCUCGGCCGGACUCUAUGAGUCUCAGAGAGAUUGUCCACAAUGUCGACACUCAGCGGGAUUUGAGUGAGUAUCUGUGUGCAAACCACAGCAAGGUCCCGCCUAGCAGAGGGGAGCCCAAAUAUGAGCGGCAUCCUGUUCUCGGAGUCGAAGGUAUCUAUCGGUUGUCUGGGUCUCUGCCACAAGUGAACAAGAUGAAGAGCAUGUUUGACACUGAUACGGCGUCACCACAACUUGAUUUCAGAAACCCGGAGAAUUUCUUCCACGACGUGAACAGUGUGGCUGGCCUCUUGAAGCAAUUUUUCCGCGACCUGCCGGACCCGUUACUGACCAAGGAGCAUUAUUCUGGGUUUAUCGAAGCAGCUAAGCACGAUGACGAAAUCGUCCGCCGCGACUCCCUCCACGCCAUCAUCAACUCUCUUCCAGACCCCAACUACGCAACACUUCGCGCCGUCGCACUACACCUUCACCGUGUGAUGGAAAAUUCGGCCACGAACAGAAUGACAUCUCAGAACCUGGCCAUCGUCUUUGGCCCUACGCUGAUGGGAGGUAGCGCCCACGGCGCCAUCAGUGACUCGGGGUUCCAAGCCAAGGUGGUCGACACUAUCCUACAGAACACGUACCAAAUAUUUGAUGACGACUGA